CAUCCCUCCUCAACCCCAACUCCCUCCCUAUCUCUCUCUCUCUCUCUCUCUCUCCAAAUCCAUACCUUUUCCUCUCUUUCUCCAACUCUAUAUACUCAUACCCACGCCAUUUAUAUUGCUACAAAGAGAAGCGAACCAGGAGAAAAAGAGAGUUCUGUAGUGGUACUUGAGGCUCCAAGCAAGCAAAGAAGAGAGAGGAAAUUAAAGGAGGGAUGGGGGAGAUGGUAGGGUGGUGUUGGAAGUGGUUUUUGCCUCUCGGUGGCAUGGUUGUGUGCGUCGCCAUGGCACUCAGGGUGUUGGAUUUCCUUUGGUGGAGGCCUAAGAGGUUGGAGGAGCACUUCUCAAAGCAAGGCAUAAGGGGUCCCCCUUAUCGUUUUUUCACUGGAUGCGUCAAAGAGAUGGUUGGUUUGAUGCUGGAGGCCUCCUCCAAGCCAAUGAUGCCUCAGAACUCCCAUAACAUCCUCCCUCGAGUCCUCUCCUUCUAUCACCAUUGGAAGAAAAUCUAUGGUUCCACAUUCCUGCUAUGGUUCGGGCCCACCGCCCGCCUCACCGUCGCCGACCCGGACCUCAUCCGCGAGAUCUUGGUGUCCCAGGCCAGCUGCUUCGAGCGCUACGAGUCCCACCCUCUGGUCCGGCAGCUCGAAGGCGAGGGCUUGGUCAGCCUCAGAGGCGAGAAAUGGGCUCACCACCGGAAGGUCCUCUCCCCCACCUUCCAUAUGGACAAUCUCGAGCUGCUGAUACCGCUCGUCGGGAGGACAGUUCUGGACAUGGUGGAGAAGUGGUCCACCAUGUCUCCCUCCGGCGAGGUCGAGAUCGAUGUCUCCGAGUGGUUCCAGACCGUGACGGAGGAUGCCAUCACCCGGACCGCAUUUGGGAGGAGCUACGAAGACGGCAAGGCCGUAUUCCAGUUACAGACGCGGCAAAUGAUCUUUGCGGCCGAGGCCUUCCGCAAGGUCUUCAUUCCCGGCUACAGAUUCCUGCCGACGAAGGUGAACACGAGCUCGUGGAAAUUAGACAAAGAGAUCAAGAAAAAUCUGAUGGCGCUGAUCGGCCGGCGAAAGGAGAUCUCGGUAAAGGAGAAGGCGGACGGGAGCGCCAAGGAUCUUCUCGGGCUCAUGAUCAAUGCCAGCACCAAGAAAGCACCGCCAGCGCCGUCAUCUUCUUCGACCUCCUGCCACCGCCGGCCGACAACGGCAUCAACGUCGACGAUCACGGUUCAGGAUAUCGUGGAGGAGUGCAAGACGUUCUUCUUCGCGGGCAAGCAGACCACCUCCAACCUGCUGACGUGGACGACGGUGCUCCUCGCCAUGCACCCGGAGUGGCAGGAACGGGCGCGCGAGGAAGUCCUCGAGGUGUGCGGCUCACGUGACAUCCCCACCCGCGACCACCUCACCAAGUUCAAGACGCUGGGGAUGAUCCUUAACGAGACGCUACGGUUGUACCCGCCGGCGGUGGCGACGAUAAGGAGGGCGAAGACGGACGUGGAGCUCGGGGGAUACCGGAUCCCCCGGGGCACCGAGCUGCUGAUCCCGAUCAUGGCCGUCCAUCACGACACGCGGCUCUGGGGGGAGGACGCGGCCCGGUUCAACCCGGUCCGGUUCGCGGAGGGGCCGGCCGGCGCGGCCCGGCAUCCGACGGCCUUCAUCCCCUUCGGGCUGGGGGCCCGCAGGUGCAUCGGCCAGAACCUGGCCCUCCUCGAGGCCAAGCUCGCGAUGGCCAUCAUCCUCCAGCGCUUCGCCAUCCGCCUCUCCCCCUCCUACGUCCAUGCACCCACCGUCCUGAUGCUCCUCCACCCCCAGUACGGUGCACCCAUCCUCUUCCGAUCCCUCUCCCCGCCAUCACCAUCACCGCCGUCCGAUCCGCAUCAUCCGGCGGGGGAUAGUGGCGGUGGUCCCUGCUUGUGACAUCAACACCGAGGAGGAGCACUACCCGCAAUAAGCUGCAAAAACACCAACCAACCCUGCGAGGAUGGAUCACCGAUCACCGGAACUCCGUCAGUGAAUGAAGUCCAGGCUGAGCUCUCGCCCCCCAGAUGAAUCGCCAAUCAUAGGAUUUCUCACCGAAAUGACUAAAAUACCCCCUCAUCCGCUGCGUUAUGCUUUUGUCCUUCAAACCCCUGCGAAUUAUCUAAAAUACCCUUUUAACACCACGGCACCUUUUUAGGCUUUAGAAUGGACCCCCACCCCCUCUCCAUACUCUCGCUCUCCCCCUCCAUUAAUGGCUUUGGCGUAUGUAUUUUAUACUUUUCUAUACAAAUUUUUCACCCUUCGAAGUUCAAACAACCCCUCUAAUCUCUAUCUCUCUCCAUCUCCAUCUCUAUCUCUGCAUGUAUGUGGUCCCUCCUUUGUGCAGUUAUGCAUAAAUAUGCAUACUGUUAAACUAGGAAGGUUUGGAACUAUUUGGUGACAGGCACAACAGUUGAAGCGCCUGAAAGGUGUGUACAAUUCUGGGGGUUUAUAAUUGGGUGUGGCUCCCCACAACGCCAGAUGGGGGAGUUGGGAAAGCCAGGGACAGAUGUCGUGCCUCAGCCUCAGGCUAGCUGUCACGGGGACCCCGUUUCACCUUCGCGGCUCUCCGUGUAUGCGCGCGCGCGCGCGUUUGUGUGUGUAUUUGUGUGGUGGUGGCCGCACACCGUCCUUGGUUCCCCCUGCACAGAGUUAAACCUAAGCGCUAAGCUCCAGAAAGCACCGUAUACAUGACUGUAUGGAUCCAGUAUGAGCACCAAAACCAUUGUAUGAAUGACCGUAUGGUUCUACUCUGACGCCUUCCUGUGGAGGCCGGCAAUACGUAUAGUUCUUUGGAUAAAUGGAAGGAGCUCGACCAAUCAUUUCAUCA